CGGACGUGGCCCGUCCCCCACAGUGCUCCGCGGCCGCCGUGGCUGUGUUGAGGUGCCGGCGCUCCGCGCUCCGUUCCGCAGAAGGGACGGGCCUGGGGCCUGGGGCCACGUGUCAGAGCGGCGGAGGCCGACGUGUGGUGAACGGCGCAGGAACGGGCGGGCUGCGCUCCUGCACAGCGCCGAGCUUUGCUCGUCCCUGAGCCCGCACGGGCCGUGUUUGCGGCGUCGGACGGAGCUCGGUGGAGACGUGCCGGCAGAUGGCACAAGAUGAGCUGUAACGAUCAAGAUCAUUUCAGUGGACAGAAUAAUACUUUUCCUUCCGAGAGCUGGCAACAGGAUUCUGAGCUCCUCCUGCAGUGCCACCAUACUCACUGCCUUUUCCUAGGAUGGGACAUGGAGAUAAGUUCCUGUUUUCACUUUAGCUGCUAAUGGAGUUAUUGGCUUCAUCAGUGGAAAUGCAGAUCCAUGAAAUUACAUCUUGUGCAAGUUGUUGUUAACUGCUGGCAAUGUCUAUGAUUUUAUCUGCCUCUGUGGUCCGUGUGAGGGAUGGACUCCCACUGUCUGCAUCCACCGAUUAUGAUCAAAGCACGGGAGUGCAAGAAUGUAGAAAAUACUUUAAAAUGCUCUCAAAGAAACUUUCUCAGCUUCCUGAUAGAUGUACUCUGAAAACUGGACAGUACAACAUAAACUUUAUCAGUUCUCUGGGAGUAACUUACAUGAUGUUGUGCACUGAGAACUAUCCCAGUGUUUUGGCUUUCUGCUUCCUGGAUGAGCUUCAGAAAGAAUUCAUCACUACCUACAAUAUGAUGAAGACAAAUACUGCUGUCAGACCAUACUGUUUUAUAGAGUUUGAUAAUUUCAUUCAGAGGACCAAACAGAGAUAUAACAACACGCGUUCUUUAUCAACAAAGAUGAAUCUUGCUGACAUGCAGACAGAAAUCAAACUGAGGCCGCCUUAUCAAAUUUCCCUGUCAGAACUUGGUUCAGCUAAUGGGUUUGCACAUUUAUCUGCAGCAGAAUAUAAGGGUACCGGUAAGAUAUCUGCAGCUCCUCACCAACGUCUGGAACCUGUGACCCUGCCUGGGAUUGUCUCAUUUGUACUCAGUCUCCUGUGCGGAGCUUUGAAUUUAAUUCGUGGCUUUCAUGCCAUAGAAAGUCUUCUGCAGAAUGAAGGUGAAGAUUUCAGCUAUGUUAUUGCAUUUUUUCUCGGAACAGCAGCCUGUUUGUACCAGUGUUACCUGUUCGUAUAUUACACAGGCUGGAGGAAUGCCAAAUCCUUCCUGACUUUUGGGUUAAUUUGCCUGUGUAACAUGUACCUGUAUGAACUGCGCAACCUGUGGCAGCUCUUCUUUCAUGUGACUGUGGGAGCAUUUUCAACGUUGCAAAUCCGACUGCGACGACCGCAGGGGAAGUCCCCAGAUUACAAUGUGUGACAAGUCCUGGAACAUUCAGAGGCGGUCUUGUUCCAACAGAUAUUCACUCUCAGGAAUGUAAAGCUGUUCUCCAAAAGAAGAAGCUGGCUGGAUGGCGCUUUUUGGUUUUGUUCCUUUUUUUUAAUUAAGCAAUGUAAGAUGCCUGCGGACGUUUUUCACUUGCUGGUUAAAAAACCUUUUCUUUUAAAGGAACAGCUGAGGACACAGAUGAAUAAAGAACUAGAGGACAGAAGGGGGUCAUAUCGUGUAGUAAAAUAUGUAUUGAUGGGAGACUAAUUUGGGGAAUUUGGUGGCAUGAAAAAAGCUUUGCUCAAGAGUAUGUCAAUGAUGGAAGGAACAUAGAGUAUGUGUCCUGCAUAUCAUGCAAGCUCUUCACUUCCAAAAUCAGUUUUGCCUUUGUGAGGCAGUAGAGGAUAGGCUAAGUUAAUAUUAAAAAUGCUGUUGCGUAUUAGCCAACUAGAUUUGGAAUAUGUAAUCUACUAAAUUUUGGAAUGUUUUGUUACACGUUGACAUUUGCGUGAGUGUUUUCUUGAUUAAAACAUAACCUGGAAACUCUUUGUUUCUUGGGAUCAGCUCUUUGGCACCUGUGGCCCUCCUUCUAGUGCUAUAAACACUUGUAUGUUUUGUCACCGAUGGUUUCCUUCCGGUUGUCCUUCAAAAAUGGUCUGUGUGGACAGGGUUUUGUUUCAGGAAUGGUCCGAAGAGUUCUGCCACUCAACCCAGGACUUCCCCUGAGCUGUGGAGAGGUUGAAAGGAAACGGACCAGCGGCAAACUGCCUGCCUGCUGACUGCCCAAUGCUGCUGCCUUCACUGCACUAAAGUGCUCCAGCUUCUUCUGGAGAAGAAAAGCUCGUGACAAGGGAGCAAGAGAAUGGAACCUGAGGUGAGUUUUUGCUUGUUUGUUUUCAUUUGUUUUGGAUUGGUUUGGCUUCAUUCAGCUACAUUGAUCCUGGCAGACUGCAUCCCAAAUGAGCUCUUUGCUGCCCCUCAAUUGGAACAUUGCUUUUGGGUUAGCUGGCAAACAUCCUAAGACAAUUUUGAGAGCUCCUGUUCCCCCCAUAAGUUCAAAGUCAAAAUGACUGUCUUCAGAAGCAGUGGACAGCAGAUUUUUCCCUCUAGGCAGUGUUUUUAGCUGCAGCUUAUUCCCAAGUAAUGUAAUGUAGGAAGAUGGGGUCCAGGUGUGCUGGCAGUGCAGGACAUCUGUAACAAAUGCAGUGCCUCCUACAGGUACCAUUUAAUUCUGCACAGGCAGACACAAUGCAGCCAGCAUUCAUCAAAAUGGUUUUUGGAUGGAAAAUAAAACACUGAGGGAAAACAGAGGGUGUGGGCAACAAUCCUCAACUUAAACGAGAGGGCACAAGACUGUUUUUCCUCCCUUUAGGAAUACCCUUGUUCAGCUAGCCCCAGAAGUGGCUUAUGUCAGGUAAUGUCCUGAGAUGCUGCUUCAUGACAGCAUGAAGCAACUCCCCAGCACCUUCCUGAGGGCUGGUUUUUAAGCCUGUCUUUUAAGACAUUUAUCCCUCCUUCUUAAUGCAGGUUUAGUCUCAGUAUAUGUACGAAAUCUCACCUAGCAAGGAACAGAUUUGAAGUCAUUCAUUCCAUUUUUACCUGCCUGUAUAAAAGGACCCUGAACUGAAAAAAAAUCAGUGAGAAGACGGAGCCUUUUGUUUCCCAGUUCCACCUCAGACUUCUGGGGAUUGGUGUAGAUAAGUGUGGCACUUAGUGGAGCAAUCCAGCAACUUUUACCUAGAAAACUGACAGGGGCUGCGUUGCCCAAGCAGCUGCCUUCUUUAAGGUGUCUUUGUGAGGACAAAUAGACAGGUAUCUAUGGAAUGCUUUGGAAACUAAGAUCUACUUCAAAUACACUUUUUUUAUUUUUAUUUUUUAAAUCAGCUAUUCAUAGUGCUGCUGUCAGGAUGUGUCAGCUGUCCCAGGACUAACGGCUCAAGGUAAAUGUGUACAGCAUUCCUGCACUAGAGGGGAGUUGGGAUGCCCCCUGUGGAGGCAGGGACUGGGAGAGCUCUAAGUGGGUACUGUACAGUACUGGUGUGGCCCCAUCAUCCCUCUGUAGUUGAGAACUGACUGCUGCUCUGUGCCAUCUAAUCUCUUCACUAGCCAGCUGCAUCUAAAAUAAAACAGACACGCUUUACCAGUGAAACAGUGUUUAAUAUAGUUAAAUUACUUAAAUAGAUUUCAAUUUCCAUGGGAAAUCAUAACUGUAUCCAUUUUUGCAAGAUCCAGAAUAAAGAGUGUGUGAAUACCCCUUGAAAUGAUCAUGACACACUGUCAACAAUCACAGCUAGAGAUACUGGGGACUUGAAAUUUCAUUGACAACACAACCUCCUAAGAUGAAUCGAAAGUUAAGAAGACUGCAGACGUUCAUAAAGCAGAAAGCAAACCUAAAAGUGAGUGUAUGGCAUGGAGGUAAUGGAGCUGAGUGAGGGGAUGGAGGGGGGGAGGCGGAGGGGGAAAGAAAUACAUAAUGGGGUGAUGCAAUGUAAGUAUUCUGCGCACCAGGAGGGAUGGCAAGGAGCAAAAGUAUAGUACAAGGGCAGACUUGGCAGUUUUACAGAAGUCUAUACUAUACUUUUCAGAAAUGUUUCCAAGGGGAAGGAAAGGGGCAAUGCCAUUUAAGCUCGCACUUAAAUGGCUUAAUGCUAGGGUUAUGCUUAGCAAUAUGGCAACUUAAGACCGACCCAUGGAUUUUUACUUAUUCUUGUUGUCAAGUAGGAAAAAAAAUAAAUUACCACCACAGUGCAACCAUUAAGGUGUUAGUACUACAAUAAUUCUGCCCUGAGAAGAGUGGAAAAGAACUUUAUUAAAUGUCAAAAGAUUGGAGCCACUUUUAGCGCUAGCCAAAUUCAAUAUCAAAACUCACCCCUCAUAGAAUAUAAAAAAUAUAACUUUUUAAAAUCUUUUCUUUUCUUUAAUAAAAUAUCAAGGGAUUUUUCUUUCAUAGCUAGAAAAGGUACAUAAAUGGUAACAGUGAACUAUUCAUAAACCCCCGCUAGUGAUAAAGAUGUCGGACACAAUAUCAAUGGCACUGUAUUUUAAGGUCACUCAUCUCAUACACACAUUUGCCAUCAAAGCCUCUUUUUGAAGAUCAGCUAAUUAACUCCUGAAAAUGGAAAAUGUGACAGUUUAAAUAAGUGCUUACUACAGGAAAGUCAACUCUGUGCUGCAGUACAUAGUUCUUUGUAAUGUCAAAUGGCAGUUACAAUAUCAGACGAUUCUCAUAUCAUCAGAUCCUAUUAAUCCAUCUCUGAAAAUUGCUUUUUUCCAAAUAAAAGUUCAAUUUUUUUUUCCUCAUAAGAGUUCCUGUUACAGUUAAUUAGAAGGUCUGCUUAGAGCUUUUUAACAUGCUCGACAGAUACUGUCUCAUUAGCUAAAGCUCAUAAAAUAAGUCCUAUAUAUUGUUAAGAUGCCACCUUCUGUGUGAAUGCUGCAUUGUACUACUGUACCUUGUUGGGUUUGGGUUUUUUUUUUUUUCCUCUUCUUCAGGAUUGCAGAUUUUUCUGGAUUUUCCUUUUAAAAUGCAUCUGAUUCAGCCCGGAACCUCACCUGUUUGAUUGUAUAGUGAUAAUCUGAAAACUGCCAAGUCUGUGUUCAGAGUAUUAUGCACAAAAAAUUACACAAGUCUAACAGGUUAUAUACACCUCCCAACACACCUUGGUGUGGACAGCCUGCCUUCUAAUUUAUAUAUAAUUUACAAAAUAUAGAAUUUGGUAUUUGUUAGAUCUCCAUGUUUUCAAUAUUACAAAAUAAAAAAUAAAAAAAAAAAACAAAAACAAAACAAAAAAAAA